AAGAAGAGAGGAAGGACAGGAAGAACAGAGGAAGACAGAGAAGGACAGAGGAAGAAGACAGACAGAAGAAGAGAAGCAGACAGAGGGAAGAAGAAGACAGAAGAAGACAGAGACAGGACAGAAGACAGAGACAGAAGAAGAAGAAAAAGAGAAGACAGAGGAAGAAGACAAAGACAGAGACAGAAGAAGGAAGAAGACAGAGGAGGAAGAAGGACAGGAAGAAGAGAGAAGAGAUAGACAGACAGGAGGAAGACAGACAGAGAAGAAGGAGAGGAGGAAGAAGAGAAGACUGAGACAGAGAGGAAGAAGAGAAGAAGACAGAGGAAGAGAAGGAGGACAGAGGAAGAGAAGGACAGGAAGGACCAGAGACAGAGCAGGAAGGACAGAAGGACAGAGAGACAGAAGGAAGGACAGGAAGACACAAAGACAAAGACAGGAAGAAGAAAGGAAGACAGACAGGAAGAAGACAGGAAGGAGAGACAGACAGAGAGAAGAGACACAGAGGAGAAGGAAGAGAAGGAAGACAGAGGAAGAAGAAGAGACAGAGACAGGGGAAGAGACAGAGAAGAAGACAGACAGGAACAGAGAGAUAGACAGAGGAAGAAGACAGAAGGAGAAGAAGAGGAAGAGAGAGACAGGAAGAAGACAGGACAGGAAGAAGAGAAGACAGAGGAAGGACAGGAAGGAGAAGACACAGAGGGCUGGAAGAGAAAGAGGAAGAGAAGAGGAGUGAGACAGAAGAGAAGAGAAGAAGACAGAGGAAGAGGAGAAGGACAGAGGAAGGAGAGACAGACAGAGUGGAAGAGAGAAGGACAGGGAAGGAGAGAAGAGACAGGUAGACAGAGAUGGAGAAGGAGAAGGAAGAACAGACAGGAGGAAGAAGAGAGAAAGACAGAGGAAGGACAGGAGACAGAGGAAGGAAGAAGAGACAGAGGACAGAGGAGGAAGAAGAGAGUAGAUAGAGGUGGAAGGAAGAAGGUAGACAGAGGGAAGAAGAGAAGGGACAGAGAGGAAGAAGAGAAGAAGACAGGGAAGAGAAGAGAAUGGAGGAUAGAAGGAGACAGAGGAAGAAGAGAAAGGACAGAGGGGAAGGAGAGAAAUGGACAGAGGAAGAAUAGAAGGAAGACAGAGGAAGAAGAGAAGUGGAAGAAGAGAAGGACAGAGGAAGAAGAGAUAGACAGGAAGGAGAGAGGGACAGAAAGGACAGAAGAGGAAGAAGACGCAAGAGUAGGAGAGAGUAGAAGAAUAGGAAAAGACAGAGGAGUAGAUAGAAGGACAGAGGGGAAGAAGCAGACAGAGGAAGAAGAGAGUAGACAGAGGGAAGAAGAGAAGGAAGACAGAGGGGAAGAAGCCCCCAGAUGGAAGGAGAUAGAAGGAAGUAGACAGAGUAGGAAGGAGGGGAAGAAUAGACAGAGAGAGGAAGAAGAGAAGUGGACACAGAGGAAGAAGAGAAGGACAGAGGAUGGAAGAAAGGAGAUAGAUAGGAGGAAGAAGACAGAGAAGUAG